AUGUACUCUGUAAGCUCAGUCAGCUCACUAGAAUUGGGACAUCAUAAUGGGCAAAAGAAUAACGUAGAUGGCAUAGUUGCUGAAUUUGUUAGAAGAUUGCUAACAAAACAGGCAAUAACAGCAUUCUCCGCAUUAAUCUCCAAACACAAGCCCCCUGGCCCUCAGCAACCUGCCUUCAACCGCCCAAAACCACUAAAAAUCCUAUAUAACUACCGUAAACGUGUACUGCAGUACUGUACUAUUAGGUGUACUAACGGAGUGAGCCCUAAAAAUGGAGGAAACGCGUACUUGUAUAUUUUGUUUUGGAUUUCCCCUGGAAGUACCAUUGUUGGUCUCGUGUAUCUGUACGGACAAAUGGCCGGAUGUUUUCGAACGCCACGUUGUGACCAUGCCGUGCGCUCCCAUGAAAAUAACGGUAUCCUGCCGAACUUUCACGAAGUAGAGGGCCAGGUGCCGGCCAUGUUUUUCCGUUGGGUCUUCCUCGCGUCUCCAUGCCGUAGAAAGCAGAUAGUAGAUGUUCGUAGAGCAGCAAUUUCGAGCGAAUACAAAGACCUUUAUAUAUGUACGAUACGUCCAAGCCACCGAAAAUGCUCCCCGCAUUACAGUGCGGCAGUGAUGCUGUCGUUGAGUCGGGGUAGGGUGGUACUCCUCCAUCAGCAGUUUCAAUUUGAAAAUCAGCUAGACCCAUUUCAUGCCUCUAGACCGAAUCUCCAAGCCUUUGCACUCGCUGCUGAUGCCGACAACUCGUCCAUGGUCCUAAGCCAGGCGGCGCAUGGCAAGGAAAGUCAUACGAUGCUAGACAUUGACUUCCGUGGCACUGCUGCUGCCGAAAGACGAGACGCAGUCAUGGAGCCUGCUAUUCAGACUAGGGGGUUCGAUUCGGAACCCAUGCGUCCCAGCAGGAAUCCCGUCCGCAUCAGAGGCGUAGAUGAGGUGGCUGCAGACUUUGAAAACAUUCGACAGCCUUACUUCAUAACGUAUCAUCCUUUACUCCUCCAUACCUUCACAGCAAGCUACGCUAACCAAGGAGAUGUGAGACCCCCCCUUAACACCGAGCGAGAAAAGCAUGUACGCAGCCUGAAUAAUGCGGCAUUCUACAUCGUACAGCACUGCCUGUCUAUCUCUAUCCAGGAGGUGGCGCCAGGGUCAUUAGUAUGUAUACCCGUUGAAAACUCCGUUAUCACAGGAGCGCCAGGAUGGGCAACUUAUGCAAAGAGGGGAGGGGCGAAUGAGCUCCUCCUGCUGCGGAAACUCCCACGUCACACCUACCUGACUACCAGGAGGCACGGAGGAAGUGUGCAUCAAAGGCUGACACAAUAUAAUGCCAAGGGUAUCGAGGGCCACCUUGUCUCGUAUUACAAACUUCAGGCCAUCCAAUCCUACCAAGCUCUUCCACAACUCUUCCGCCAGAACACGACCGCUUGCUAUAAUCCCUUUUCAAUAUGUUCAGUAACGCUUGUACUUGCUUCUGUCGCAAUCGUGGCCCUUUUAUUUGUCUGCUUCGCUUUCCCGUCAGUUUUCUUAUUUGAAUUCUGGUCCACUUUCUUAACUGCGCUCUUGUCCUUUUUAACUUUACUAUCAUUCUGGAAAAUGGUGUACUUACUACUUUGGAUGGGGCUAGGUACUAACGCACCAAUGUCACUUCCGCCGCUUGGGUCACCAGCCGACAUUAUACUUCUCGACGGAACUAAGCUUACAAUACUGUAUGGGCUAUUAGUUGUGUACGACCCCGAAGAAGAAACCGAAAUCAUGUUGCCAGUGUGGUUAGACCGAAACUAUUCAGAACCCUUGGAAAAAGGUUUUAUGGCAGAUAAGAGAAACCAUAUUCAGUCCUACUUAGGAAGGCCCAUCGAUAGAAUGAUCUUUCUUACCCCCGGUUCCACCCCCUUUUCCCUCGUCUUGCAAUAG